UUACGUAGGCACGUUCAGUGACGGUCAGUUGCUAAAGAAAAAACAGCCGCUUCCGUGUUGUUCUUGUGUUGUUCUGGUGAAUAACUGCCAUUAGCGGACUCAAAGCUCGGCUGACAGCCUCGGCGGACGGUGACUAAGAUGAUUUUGUGAAGCGGGCGGACACUUUGAGCUUAGUUCACCCGUCAUGUCGCUGCUGCAGAGCUCCAAGAAGAAGGACAAGCGCAUAUUGUCCGGUACCUGCCCAGACCCCAAAUGUCAGGCUCGGCUGUUCUUCCCCGCUCACGGCUCCGUUAGCAUCGAAUGCACCGAGUGCGGCCAGCGGCACGAACAGAAGAACCUGCUGAACGUCGAGGAGGUGACGGACCCAGAUGUGGUGCUCCACAAUCUGCUCAGAAACGCCCUGCUCGGCGUCACCGGGGCCCCGAAGAAAGGCACGGAGCUGGUCAAGGUAAUGGGGCUGUCCAACUACCACUGCAAGCUCCUGUCCCCGGUGCUCACCCGGUACGGCAUGGACAAGCAGACCGGCAAAGCCAAGCUGCUCCGGGACAUGAACCAGGGCGAGAUGUUCGACUGCUCCCUGCUGGGGGACAGGGCUUUCCUUAUCGAGCCGGACCACGUCUCCACCAUGGGCUACGGGAAGGACCGGUCCGGGAGCCUCAUCUACCUGCACGACACCCUGGAGGAGGUGAAGAAGGCCAACGGCAGCAGGGAGUGCCUCAUCCCGGUGCACGUGGACGGGGACGGACACUGCCUGGUCCACGCCGUGUCCAGGGCUCUGGUGGGCAGGGAACUGUUCUGGCACGCCCUGAGGGAGAACCUCAAACAGAACUUCAAGCAGAACCUGGACCGCUACAAGGCUCUGUUCCAGGACUUCAUAGACGCUGCGGAGUGGGAGGACAUCAUCAAUGAGUGCGACCCCCUGUUCAUCCCCCCAGAAGGUGUGCCACUGGGCCUGCGUAACAUCCACAUCUUCGGCCUGGCCAACGUCCUCCACCGGCCCAUAAUCCUGCUGGACUCUCUCAGCGGGAUGAGGAGCUCAGGUGACUACUCGGCCACCUUCCUGCCAGGCCUGGUGUCUGAGGACCAGUGCAAAGGGAAGGACGGGAAGCUCAACAAGCCCAUCUGCAUCGCCUGGAGCAGCUCCGGACGCAACCACUACAUCCCUCUGGUGGGCAUCAAGAACACGGUGCUGCCCAAGCUGCCGGCCCGCCUCCUGCCCAAAGCCUGGGGUGUUCCACAGGAGCUGAUCCGGAGGUACAUCAAACUGGAGCCCGACGGCAGCUGCGUGAUUGGCGGAGACCGCAGUCUACAGGACAAGUACCUGAUGAGGCUGGUCAACGCCAUGGAGGAGGUGUUCAUGGAGAAGCACAGUAUCCACCCAUCGUUGGUGGCCGACGUGCACCAGUACGUCUACAGACGCACCGGUGUGAUCGGCAUCCAGCCUGAGGAGGUGACAGAGGCCGCCAAGAAGUCGGUGAUGGAGAACCGGCUGCACCGCUGCCUCAUCUGCGGCGCCCUGUCGGAGCUCCACGUGCCACCGGAGUGGCUGGUUCCUGGCGGGAAACUCUAUAACCUCGCCAAAUCCACGCAUGGCCAACUGCGGCCGGACAAGAACUACAGCUUCCCCCUCAACAACGUGGUGUGUUCCUACGACCCCCAGAGGGACGGCCUCGUCCCCGACUACAAACUCAGCUCCCUCAACACCUGCAACUGGUGUCACGGCACCUCAGUCCGCCACAUCCGCGGAAACGGGUCGGUGGUUUACCUGGACGGGGACAGAACCAACAGCCGCUCCCAGGGGGGGAAGUGUGGGUGUGGCUUCAAACACUUCUGGGAGGGGAAGGAGUACGACAACCUCCCAGAGGCGUUCCCCAUCACGCUGGAGUGGGGCGGUCGGGUGGUGAGGGAGACGGUGUACUGGUUCCAGUAUGAGACAGAUCCGUCAUUAAAUAGCAACGUGUAUGACGUGGCCAUGAAACUCGUCACCAAACACUUCCCCGGCGAGUUCGGCAGCGAGAUCCUGGUACAGAAAGUGGUCAACACCAUCCUGCAUCACACGGCCAAGAAGAACCCGGACGAGUACAACCCAGUGUCCAUCGACGGGGCCCACGCGCAGCGUCUCACUGAUACGGUGGAGACGCAGCCGCCAGCCGACCCGCAGCCGCCCACCAAGAUCAUCCUGACGGGUCAGAAGGCGAAGACGCUCCAUAAAGAGGAGCUGACGAUGAGCCGGGCAGAGCGCAGCCUCCAGCAGAGCAUCAGCGAGCAGGCCUCCACCGCCCAGAGGAGACGCACUGACAAGCUGAAGCAGGAGCAGAAGGGCCGCGGCCGGACGCCCUCCCCCGGUGGAUCGCCAGAAACCUCCUCCUCUUCAGCUCCGGCCACACCCACCAAGUCCUCCUCCCCCUCCUCGUCCAAUAAGGAGAAGAAGAUCCGCGUGACCACCAGUGACGGCAGACAGGCCAUGCUCACCCUUCAGGCCCACACCACCUUCUCCGAGUUGCAGAGGAGCGUCGCCAACCAGUUUGGUGUGGCGGUGGCGCAGCAGUGCAUCCGAUAUGGGUUCCCUCCCAAAGAGCUGCCUCCCCCGAAGGACGGUGAGGAGAAUGAGCCGGUGGCGCUGCAGCACGGCGACAGGGUGACGGUGGAGAUCCUGCGGGGCGCCGAGGACAAGAGCCCCGCCCCCUCCAUCCCCCGAGCGUCCAGCUCACACUCCGCCCUGCAUGCCGCGAAGAGCGAGGACGCCGCCACGACUGGCAGGAUGAGCAGCCGCGAACUCCAGGACAGCAUUGACCUUGAGAUGUCGUCCCUCUGUCUCCUAGCAACACUGAUGGGUGAGGAUGUUUGGUCGUACGCAAAGAAGCUGCCACACCUAUUCCAACAGGGCGGAGUCUUCUACAGCAUCGUCAAGAAGGACAUGGGUCUGAUGGACGGGAAACACUGCACACUGCCUCACCUGACGGGGAAGACGUUUGUCUACAACGCCGCCGAGGACCGUCUGGAGCUCUGCGUGGAUGCCGCCGGUCACUUUCCCGUGGGCCCCGAUGUGGAGGAGCUGGUGAAGGAGGCGCUGGUCCAGCUGCGCUCCGAGACGGCCACCAGGGGCAGCAGAGAGGGCAGCCCGUCGCACGGCGUCCUGCGACUGGGCAGCGGCGGUGUGGUGCGGAAGAAGGAGCAGCUGCAGAAUGUCACCGCCUUCCAGGGAAAAGGCCACUCGCUGGGCAGCACCGGAGGCUCCUCUCCUCCGGAGCACCGGCCAAUCACACGUCAGCACAGCAGCGGCGUGGACCUCAGCGCAAGCGUGUCCCGAGGACCCCCGGACCUGUCAGACAUCCCCGAGGACGCCACCCGGGAGCUGGUGCGCAUGGCGCCGGGCUUUGUGACCAUGAAGGACGGCCGCGGCCUCGACCCCGGCUUGAUGGAGCAGCAGCGUCGGAAGCUGCAGGAGAUGGUGUCGUCCAUCCAGGCCUCCAUGGAGCGGCACCUGAGGGAGCAGCAGGACGCCGCCGCGGGGGCAGCUGGCGGGGCCAGCCAGGAGCGGACAGCCGGGACUAAGAUGCCCACAGCCGAAGCUCCGCCCGCGGCCGGGAAACUGGAGGCGAAGGCGGAGGAGCCGGAGGAGAUGGAGAGUCAGGACGCCGGGCAGAGCAACGCCACCGAGCCCAUGGAUCACUCCUGAUGCUCCUGAACGCUCCCCCGCGCCGCCGGCCGCCGCCGGGGUCACAUGGCCUCGAGUCGGAUCAGACAGCUUCGGUCUUCAUCGUGUUUCGUCGUCUUUACUGCAUGAGCACAGAGCGGCCGGAAAGGGAUGGAUGGACGGCGUUUCAUUGUGACACAUUGUGCGAUCCAUCAUCGGUCCCGUGUCACGCCCCUCCCCCCUCGGCUGCGUCGGACAGGAAACAGCGUUCGAUCCAGUCCUGCUUUCACAGAACGAUUCCUGCCUUUUCAGGGUUAAAGUUUUCCUUCCGUUGAUGAUGAAUCGUACACGAUUGUCUUACAAUUUAUCGCAGAGUGGCCUGAGUGGUGACCUUUGACCCUGUGAUUCCCAGCCCGCCUCUACGUAUCUAACUUUCGCACUAAAAACACGCGUAACAACAGUUGAUGUAAAAACACUGCAUUAAGUGACGACUUGACAAACUGUAGCACAGCAUCAGUUCAUUAUGCCAUGAACUUCCUGUUUAUUGUCCAUCUGGUCGUCUCGUUUCGGUCCCUUCGACUCCAACGCCAACAGCCAAGUCCAGCUUUUUAAGUAGAACAAACAGAUGGAGCUGUUAAACCCAUUCCCCUUCCUGCCUCAUGUGACCUGAGGCCGCAGCGUAACGUAGUAAAUGAUGAACAGUUGAUGUCCCCGUAACUGGACCGGCGCCGUUUCAGUUCCAACAGUUUGUUCAUUUUUUGCCAAUUCCAGUUGAUGUAAGUUGGACAAAGGAAGUCAUACAUGGACGACAUCUUGUCAAAGCCCCGGACCAUGACCCCUGGACGUGACCCUUUGACUGUGACCACUUGACCAUGACCCUUGGACUGUGACCUCUUGACCAUGACCCCUCCCCCUGACAUCCACGGAGGUCGAGGCGUGCUGUACUUCACCUUCUCGUCCCUGAAUGCUUGUGUUUUUACAUCACGUGCCGUUACUUGCUCUGAGAGGUUGAAAAGCCCACGGUGUGGGUUGCGUUCCUGUAGAUAGAAGAAUCCUCCGAGUCUUACCGGAGCCGCAGGUCACAUGACCACGGCCGCUCGUCCCGCUAACACGCUUCCGUCAAAGCGCACGCCGCGACAAGUGCACCGCCUCCGCAAACGCGUAAACGCCUUCAUCACCGAAACCUGCUUUCACCGUGCGUCUCUGGGUAUCUGUGACCGACGGCCAGACUCCUUCAUCCCCUCCUCCGUCGCUGCACGGUGCCACCUACAGGUUAACGGAGGAACAGCAGCUGCAGGGUUCGCUUGAUCCUUUAUUUAAACCUCAUGGUGUGUUCACUGUCCACUGAAUAUCACACAUAUAUCACAUGUACUGAUGGGUUUAGGUUCCUUUAAAUUCAAAACACAAAUUAAAGUAAAAACUUCCCAUUUCCAUAAAAUAAUACGAUACUAAUUAUUAAUAACCAAUUAUAAUGUUAUAAUGGAAAUGAUUUGAAGCAAAAAGAAGGAGUUUAUUGAGCUGAAAACACAGAACAAAGCAGGAAAUUAACUGUAAUUUACUUGAUUUUUUGUGGUUUGUUCCCAGAUUUGUUCGUAUUGGUACAUGUAGGAUUCAAAUGGAGGUUUUGUUUUCUGUCCACUUACUUCCCUUCAAACUCAAUAAUUCUAGUUGAGAUCAUAGAUCCAUCAGCCGCUGUUUUAUCCAUGUUUGAGUUUAUUUCCCACCAAAAAGUCUCUGUUCUUUAAUAGCGGCGACAUGAUUAUUUUCUGGUUUCUUUCGUUCUCUGUGGCAGUAAAUGAUUGAAUAACGUCGGGCUGGUUGAACUGAAGUGAAUUGGCUUCAUUAGAAACUGGUUGAACUGAAUGUUAGUCGAGUUAAAAACACUGAGAUGGGACUGAUUUGUGUUCUUACAUCAGCCACUGAACAACAUUUGGAACUUAUGUUGGAACUUCAGAUGUUGGCGUUGAAAUGGUGUUUUGUCACAAUUAAGUGAAAUGAAAAAAAAAAAAUAAAGAAAACUAAUGAAAACCAGUGCAUUCAACUGUAAAAAAAAAGUUUAUGUGAAGAUGAUUUGAAGGAUCCUCCUGAAAGUACAGGAGAAACUCCACAUCCCAUGAUGCCUUGAGCACCACAAAGCCUCAUGGGAGCUGUAGUUGACGAACCCAAACCAACAGAGACUGCAGAGGCAGAACCCAAUAGUGGGUAAACAGCGCCCUCUGCUGGAGAACGUCCAGGACGACAGUUGAACCCUGGUGUGUUUAACAUCUUUUAUGAACGUAAGGGUCGUUUUGAUUUCAAUGACAAAGAAAAAUAAAUAAAUAAUUAAAAGUCCAGAAAAGUGGGUUUGAGGAGCAGCGACCUGAUGACAAAUGAACAGAGGGGGGCGGGGCCUCUGCCCCUUAACGCAUUGGGUUCGUGUCAGCUGACCUAUGCAAACGUCACUGAACUUCCACGGUCAAACCGUCCUCGACCUUCUGCAAAUGCCUCAGAGGUCAGGACUCCAACAGGGUUCCCAAAGCACUUUUCCACCACAGGGCACGUCGGACGGGACUUCACUUCAUUGUGGUCACAGCUUUCUCUCUUCUUUUCAUCGUCACCUCAAGCUAUGAAAUUAAUCAGACGUUUUUUUAAGGAGUAGAAUAAUAACAAGAAUAAUAAUAAAGAUCCAUCACUGAACGCCUGCAAACAUGAGGAACACUCAGAGUUAGAGUCUGAGGUGAAAAAGGAGAUGAAAUCGGUCCAAUGUCAGUUGGAUCAUUAACGUUACGGCUGCAAAAGUACGUUAACGUCCAUGAAAUCUUUGACUUUUUUAGGACGUAUGUUUCCUGAAGUUCAGUGUUUUGUUAAAGACGUUCUGUAAAUGACCAGUUCAUCUCAUAUGUCAAACCUUCAUCUUAAAUUUCUCCAUAAACUAAGGAAAUCAGCUUCAUCAAAAGCUUUUCUGUAUCCUGUUGUUUCCCAGAAUGCCCUGUGGCUUCUGUCACAUCAGCCAUAACAUUUACAUGUUUCUUUUUCGUGUGAAUUUGUGAGUUCUGUCGUUUUAUUCGAUCGUGGAGAUGAACAAACGUCAGACUGAGCGUUUUGAAAGAGAGAAGGGGUUUUGGCAUUGGUCGUUCCGUCCGUCUGUCGGUCCACAGGUCAGUCCAUCAGUCAAUCCAUGGGUCAGUCUGUCAGUCUAUCCACUGGUCAGUCCAUCCAUGGAACAGUCUGUCGGUCCAGGGGUCAAUUCAUUGGUCAGUUCAUGGGUCAGUCCAUCUUUCAGUCCGUUGAUCCGUGGGUCAGUCGGUCAGUCCAUGGGUCAGUUAGUUAGUCCAUUGAUCCAUGGGUCAGUUGGUCGGUCCAUGGGUGAGUCGGUCAGUCCGUUGAUCCAUGGGUCAGUCCGUGGUUCAAUUGGUCAGUCCGUUGGUCCAUGGGUCAGUCAUGGGUCCAUGGGUCAGUCAUUGGUCCAUGGAUCAGUUGGUCGGUCCGUUGGUCGGAUGAUCCAUGGGUUGGUUGGUCAGUCCAUGGUCAGUCUGUCGGUCCAUCGGUCAGUCCGUCAGUCGGUCCAUCCAUGGAGCAGGCUGUCGGUUCAUGGGUCAGUCAGUUGGUCCACUGGUCCAUUGUUCAGUCCGUUGAUCCAUGGGUUGGUCAAUCCAUGGGUCAGUCUGAGGGUCAACUGGUCAGUCAGUCAGUCUAUUGGUCCAUGGGUUGGUUAAUCCAUGGGUCAGUCUGAGGGUCAACUGGUCAGUCAGUCAGUCUAUUGGUCCAUGGGUCAGUCAUUGGUCCAGUCUGUUGGUUGGUUGAUCCAUGAGUUGGUUGGUUGGUCCGUGGGUCAGUCUGUGGGUCAGUCCUUUGGUCCGUGGGUCAGUCCAUUGGUCCGUGGGUCAGUCUGUGGGUCAGUCCGUUGGUCCAUGGGUCAGUCUGUGGGUCAGUCCGUUGGUCCAUGGGUCAGUCCGUUGGUCAGCUGGUCGGUCAGCUUGGCUCGGACGCCCCUCCUGUCCCAGACGUGGACUUUAGCGGUGCUGCUGCACUAAUGACAGGAUGGAUGCACUUGUAUAAUCGUACAUACUGUAGAAUAUUUGGAAAUGUACAGAAACACAGAUUGUUGAGCUCCUUCCGUUUUUUUUUAAUUUAGUUGUUUGUUUUUUUUUUUAACUUCUCUCUCUCCCGUGCUAAUAAACUAUUGAUGAUACACGGCUUUCACAUCGCUGUUUGCAUGUGUGAUGAAUAAUUUUCAACCCCAACAAUAAAAUCACUUCCUUCA